CACACAAAUCCUUAGCAUAUCAUAUAAGUCAAUUAUUGGUUUAAUUGGAAAAUAAUAAAAAAAAUGCCAGCUAGGGCUUAAAGAAAUGGAGGGUGGUGCGGGUAAUGAAGUAGCAGAGAGCAGCAAGAAGAUAGGGAGAGGGAAGAUAGAGAUAAAGAGGAUAGAGAACACUACGAAUCGUCAAGUCACUUUCUGCAAACGACGCAAUGGUUUGCUCAAGAAAGCUUAUGAGCUCUCUGUCUUGUGUGACGCUGAGGUUGCUCUUGUCAUCUUCUCCACUCGAGGCCGUCUCUACGAGUACGCCAACAACAGUGUGAGAGGAACAAUAGAAAGGUACAAGAAAGCUUGCUCCGACGCCGUUAACCCUCCGACCGUCACCGAAGCUAAUACUCAGUACUAUCAGCAAGAAGCGUCUAAACUUCGGAGACAGAUUCGGGACAUUCAGAAUUUGAACAGACACAUUCUCGGUGAAUCUCUUGGUUCCUUGAACUUUAAGGAACUCAAGAACCUUGAAAGUAGGCUUGAGAAAGGAAUCAGCCGUGUCCGCUCCAAGAAGCACGAGAUGUUAGUUGCAGAGAUUGAAUACAUGCAAAAAAGGGUAAAAGAAAUCGAGCUGCAAAACGAUAACAUGUAUCUCCGCUCCAAGAUUACUGAAAGAACGGGUCUGCAGCAGCAAGAAUCGAGUGUGAUACAUCAAGGGACGGUUUAUGAGUCGGGUGUAACUUCUUCUCACCAGUCGGAGCAGUAUAACCGGAACUAUAUUCCGGUUAACCUUCUUGAACCAAAUCAGAAUUCCUGCAACCAAGACCAACCACCUCUGCAACUUGUUUGAUUAAGACUAACAUAAGCUUCUUUCCUCAGCGUGAGAUCGAUCUUAUGCAUAUAUAUUCAUGUUACACUUACUCUUAUAAACUUAAAAUGCAGAC